AGGCGAUUUCGUACGGCAUUGCCAUGGUGGAACACGAUUACAAACAGCUUCUGGACAUCAAGGACGAAGAGCAAUGUAUAAGCUCCCUGGGCGAUGCAGUCUCACCACCGGACGAUGGUUAUGUGUAUUGCAACGCAACAUUCGACAGCGUACUCUGUUGGGCUCCAACGAGAGCAGGAGAAAUGGCAAGUCUUAACUGUCCGCCGAUCUAUUCAUUGGAUGCCACCAAGCAUGCCACCCGUCGGUGUGGAGAUAAUGGGAUGUGGGACGGUCGGUACCCCGGUGAUACAAGCAUGGGACCCCAGGGAUGGACCAACUUUGACAAGUGUUUUAUACCUCAAGCGAAGAUCCUCGUGGAGCGUUACUUCGGCAAUAAGACAGAAGAGGAAGUUGAGGCCAUGCGAUCCACAUUACGAGGAACUCGCACUCUGGACAUGGUGGGAUUAGUGUUAUCGCUUCUGGCUGUCAUCAUAUCGCUGUUAAUAUUCUCCUACUUCAGGAGUCUUCGAUGCCAUCGAACCAGGAUUCACCGUAAUCUCUUUGUCUCCAUCGGAAUACAAGUUAUUCUUCGCCUCGCUUACUACAUCGACCAGCAGGUUGCCAGGACAUCAGGCGGAGAGAUUGCUGGUUCUGCGGUUCGAUCCAGUGGCAUCAUCUUUCACGCGCCUAUCGUGUGUGAGAUCCACCUGGCGCUGUUAGAAUACAGUCAUACCGUUAUGUUUAUGUGGAUGUUCAUAGAAGGCUUCUAUCUCCAUAACGUCAUAGCCGUAUCCGUAUUCUCCGGGAAGCCGAACUACAAACUGUAUUACGCCGUGGCAUGGGGUGUUCCAUUGCCGUUCGUCGCAGCCUGGGUUUAUGCCAUGUCAACAAGCUAUAAUCAAAGUUGUUGGGAACUGUAUUAUUACGAUUUGAACAUUUGGAUACUGGAGGCCCCUCGCAUCGCGGUCCUGGCUAUAAAUUUAUUUUUCUACUGCAAUAUAAUUCGAAUAUUAAUCUCGAAAUUACGCAGCAGUUACAGUAACGAGGAACAGCAAGUCAGGAAAGCUAUGAAAGCAGCGAUAAUCCUUUUGCCGUUGUUGGGAAUGACGAAUUUCCUGGUCAUGAUGGAACCACCGACGUCAACAGAGGGUUUUGGUGCUUGGUCUUACAUAUCUCAUUUUCUCGUAUCAUUUCAAGGAUUCUUCAUCUCAGUGGCUUAUUGUUUUCUCAACGGAGAGGUUCGUCUGACCCUGAGUAAGCGCUGGGAGCGUCAUUGCCAGCAUCUGCCAGCUCAUGCGUCCAGCAAGCGGAGGCUCAGUCGAUCUCUAUCCAUCUUUACCUCCUUUACAGAAGUCUCGCACGGCUCCUCACAACAGAACAAAUCUCGAACACCAUCGACAGGGAAUGGAGUUCCUCUGCUGAGAGAUUUGGCGACUAUCUCGGAAUCGCACACGCGUAUUUAA